UCUACUUCCAGAAAAAGGAUGAUCGAGGUCACCGACGCACCUACAGAGAAGACUAGGCCGACCGAGAUUCUAGCUACUCGAACAGGAAUAGACUAUGCAAGGAUCUACCCAAGGGCUUCUCAACCUGAGAGCCAAGAAGAAGCUGCUCCAGAUCAAACCAAGAAGGCAGAAAAGCAGUCUGAAUAUGACCUCCUUGAUGUGUUAGUGGCAGCUUCUUCUGAUUCCUAUGAUUCUGCGGAUUCAAAUGCGUAUGCUAUAACAUCGUCACUCAAAAGACGAGACUUGGAUCGAGGAUCCACGCCUUCCCUUACGGAAAGGUCCGCUCCAACCACCGCUCAUGGAAUUGUUGAAUUCAUUUCCUCUGUCCUACCUGACUCACCGGCAUCGGGCUCUCGCUUGUCAGCUUCAUCAGACUUUGGCUUUGAAUUGUUGUAAAAUACCCUACCCUCUCUAUCCUUCUUCCUUGCCGGCUAUAGAGCCACGGAAGAGUUAAAGGCGGAUACUUCAGUUGCUUAUUCGCAGGCGUAUGAUUCGUCUGCGCUUAUUCAAAUGUUGAUUCUACAGUGCCAACUUCUCUUCCAGAAUCAGUCCCUGGGAGAGAAACUACAACCUCCGCUGCAUCCUCUACUGAUGUAGAAUUCUAUUGUUAUAGAAUCACAGACAGCUUUUGGCUAAUGCUAAUGAUACCACAGAAUGUCUGUCUGCCUUGGAUAAUGGUUAUGAAAAGAACAUUUCCUUUCAUCGAUCGAAAGAUGCUUUCGUAACUAGGACAGCUUGAAGAGCCGAAGACAAGUCUUUAAUAGAAAGAAUCCACUUUC